GCGAGGUCAAGGGACGUUACCAGGGUGGUACUCCGUACACGGGCAUCGUCCUCUGUCUUGCAUAUGACUUUGGCAAGGAGACAUGUCGUCUUCCUCGUCAGCGUCAGCACUCAACCGCUCGCGGUCGCUGAGACAGCCCACUGCAGGCCUCAGCAGGGGCCUGAAGAAGGACGAAGCCUCGGUCCAAGCCUCAAACAACGUCAACACUGCCGCCGCCGCCGCCGCCGCCAAUGUCGCCGCCGCCACCACCAACAAGGGCGUCCCCGCCGCAGGAAGGACAUCCCCGAGCAGGCUCCCAAAGCCCCCCGGCGGCACUUCGAUAGCGACACGAACACGCGCGGCCACCGCUGGCAAGGCGAGCGGCAUCCCAUCCGCUGCUGCUUCAGGGACCAGGAGCAGGCCGACGUCGGGCAUCUUCGGCCGGUCUGACAGCCUCGCAGAACCUUCAAAGAGCGCCAGGCCGGCUCGGCCGGCUCCCAUAUCAACCACCAGGCUGAUCCGUCCCUCCUCCCGGCCUGCGCCAACCUCGUCAGAGCCAUCGCCGACCACUCCCUCGCGGUCCUCGCCCUCGAGAGUGACUCCACCAAAGCCGACGGCGACGGCGACGGCGACGGCAUCCCCAUCGCCUGUGCGGACAGCAUCGCAGCGCACAAACACACACAUACGGGCAAAGUCGUCCGCGACGGCCCUAAACUCAGCCACCGUCCUGCGCCCUCCGCGACCGCCAUCAGCAGCUGCCUCGGUGGCCUCGACCUCGACCUCGACCUCCACGACCAACACCACAGCAACCGCCGCGCCCAAGAAGCCCAUCGGCCGGGCCAACAUCAUAGCAGCAACGCGGGCAGGUCAUCUCCGCCAAGAAUCCGCACCGACACACAACACCAGGCCCACCACCACGACCACUGCGCCGGCAGCCGAUGCGCCGCGUCUCAAGCCCGCAUUCAACACCCUCCAGCAGCACUACAGCCCCGCCCGCAACCUCGCGCCGAAGCCCCUGACCUCGUCCUACCUCGCGCCCCCUUCGCCCUCCAAACUCCCCGCGAACGUCGCCAUUUCCUCCGAGACCGCCCGGCUGCAGACCGAGCUGCUGCAGCUCCACCUCCUCCAUCGCGACGCCGACGCCGUGGCUGCCUCGUGGCAUGCGAGCGCGAGGCAGAGGCUGGGCUCGAGGUUCGCAGAGCUGGCCCGUGCCGGCGAGGACGUUCGCAAGGAGGAGGCAGUGGUUGAGGAGGCCAGGAAUCUUGCUGCGCUGGUGGCCUGGGGCGGCGGCGGCGGCGGCGGCGGCAGGGAGCUCGAUGGGAAGAUCCAGGUGCUGGACGCCGUUCUCUCCGGGGUUUGGAGCCUGGGUGAGCCGAAUGGGCGGUACACGCGCGCUGUGAGGAAGUUUGAGAAGUGGGUGGACCAGACAAGGCGGGCCGUUGAAGCGCGACGGGUCGCCGGCGGGCUCGGCGCCCUCAUGGACGACGGCGAGGUCGGCUUCAUCAGCGAGCUGGACCCAGCCUGGAGGGAUGAGGUGUCGUCCAUGGCGCGGAAGCUGGAUUCCUGGCGUAGGCAGCUGGGACAGCUCGAGAGCGGCGUGUUUGAUGGCGACCGGGGCGAGGAUUUCAAGUCCUGCAGCCUGACGAGAAUCCUGUCUGGGUGCCGGAGUCAGGUACACGGCAUGCUUGCUGAGCUGGACUUGAUGGAGCAGAUCGAGCGGGACGCCCUUGCGCAGGAGACGGCUUGGAUCAGGAAUAUGAACCGCGGUGAUGAUGAAAGUGAUACCCCGAGGGCUGGAGCGAUCUGGCGAGCAUUUUGAUGGAAGUCUGGCAUGGCAUUGAGCACAGCAUGGCGUUUAAGUGGCUUGAAUUGAGGCCAUGGUUGGUAAUGGGGAGCUCUCAAGCAAGGAUAUGAGUGUAGUCUUCACUGCAUUUUUAUUACCAUGAGCGAGUAGGCAACUCGGUAUGAUGGAGGAUUUGUUGAGAGACAAAUCGACGAAUCGUUGCUCCCAAUUCCAACUCCCAAACAUAUUUUCGAGGUCAACCUAAAAGGUCUUAGGUUUUUGAGUGAGGGCCCUCUUCAGGCUACUUGAC